GUCAACUGAUAACUUCCGGUACAUCUCGGGCUAUACCAUUCAUUGUAAGAACACAUAAAUAAGUUCCGAACAGAAGAAAAAUGGCCGAAGGCAAACCAGAUGCAAUCCCCUGGUCGAACAACAAGGACGAUUACGAGCUAAAGGACGUAAUUGGUGCCGGGGCUACUGCUGUAGUACAGGGAGCCUUCUGUAAACCAAGGCAGGAGAGAUGUGCCAUCAAGCGAAUCAAUCUGGAAAAAUGCAAUACAACUGUAGAGGAGUUGUUGAAAGAGAUCCAGGCAAUGAGCCAGUGUAAACACGAGAAUGUCGUUGGUUACCACACAUCAUUUGUUGUCAAGGAAGAACUCUGGGUCAUUAUGAUGCUUUGUAGCGGAGGAUCCAUGUUAGACAUAAUUAAAAGUCAUAUGCGAUCUGGAGGUUGCAAAAAUGGGGUCCUGGAUGAGGUUGUCAUAGCAACCAUUCUUAAGGAAGUUCUCAAGGGCCUAGAAUAUUUCCAUAACAACGGUCAGAUUCAUCGUGAUAUCAAAGCUGGAAACAUUCUUUUAGGACAAGAUGGUUCCGUCUAUGUUGCAGACUUUGGUGUGAGUGCCUGGCUGGCUACAGGAAAGGAUAUGACACGUGAUUCUGUCCGACACACCUUUGUAGGGACGCCAUGUUGGAUGGCUCCUGAGGUCAUGGAACAGGUGACGGGGUACGACUUCAAGGCAGACAUUUGGAGCUUUGGAAUAACUGCCAUAGAGCUGGCUAUAGGAACAGCUCCCUACCACAAGUACCCUCCUAUGAAGGUCCUGAUGCUGACGCUGCAGAACGACCCACCAACCUUGGACACGUCAGCUGAUGACAAGGACCAGUACAAGUCCUACAGCAAAGUCUUUCGCAAAAUGGUAGCAGAGUGUCUCAAAAAAGAUCCUGAGAAAAGACCUACUGCCAAGCAACUUCUUAAAUCAGAAUUCUUCAAAAAAGCCAAAGACAAGGUUUUCCUUGCCAAGACUCUACUGUCAGAGGGUCCCUCCGUUAAACCGCAAAAGGUUAAGCGUGUUCCCGGGUCCAGUGGGCGGCUACACAAGACCGAGGAUGGAGAUUGGGAGUGGUCCGAUGACGACUUCGAUGAGAAUUCAGCGGAAGGCAUUGCUGCCAUUGCAGAAAGGAAGCGUCGCAUUAAGAAAGCAGUCGAAAACGAGGUGAAUGCGGCCCCACAGCUUGCAGUGCCACCUGAACCCUCUCCUGGGGUAGUUGGCAAGUCCCCCUCUCAGACAGAGAUCGCCCCUGUUACUGAGGAAACACCGGCGCCAUCUAGUAGCACUCAAUCAAUUGCUACAAGUGCUCCUACACCUGUGACGCCUACUCCCUCGGCCUCUAGUUCAGGGGGAGAUGCACCUUCACAGUCAACAGCUCUCAACUUAGUGCUUAGAUUAAGGAAUGAUAAACGAGAGCUGAAUGACAUCAAGUUUGAUUUCACUUCUGGUCAAGAUACAGCUGAUAGCGUGUCACAUGAGAUGGUAGAAGCUGGAUUGGUUAACGGAAAGGACAUGAUUGUGGUUGCUGCUAAUCUUCAGAAAAUACAAGACUACCCUGAUGUAAAAUCGGUGACUUUUGCUUUGAAUUCUGGUUGUGGUCCAAACGAGGUUCCCUGUGAUAAAGCUCUAAUAGGAUUUGCACAGCUGUCGCUGAACGAUGUCACCAACCCUCUGCCUCCUCACUAACACAGUGCCAUCUAGGAAAGACAAACAAGGGCACUUAAUUCGGCCACAAGCAGGAACAGAUUCAUUUUAUGUCUCUUAAAUAAGGGUAGAUAACUCUGUUCUGGCAUUUUCUUGACAAGAGAACUGUGAUAAUAUUGUUUGCCAAGAUAAUGGUAGAUUCAUCAUUUUAACUUGGUGAUUAAAUGAUGAUUCAAGCUAGCAACCCUUUUUUUAUAUCACAGAAUCUUGUUUAAUGCAUCUGUGUGUAUUUUAUGUGAUUUAUAAAGCCAGUUGAGUAAAUACCUGGCAGUAUAAGCACAGUUUUCAGUAUCCAGUUUGUUGCUGAUAACUAUUUACUACCUGUACCUGUAUUGUAAAAACUGCGGCCUUUUCAUUUAUCUAAGGUGACCAGGUCAUCCGUUUUGAUAUUGGUAAAUUUAAAUAGUAUCAGUAUAAAAAUAUACUGGUAUUCAAAAUCUAUGUUGAUAGUGAAAAUUAACUGCAAGAAAAAUCUCUUGUAAAAAAUGUUUUGUUUUUCAUUUUCAACAUUUUUUUUUUUUUUAAUUUUAGUCUGGCAUACUGGUAAAUAUUUAUGGACAAUUUCCAAAAACUCUGAAGCAUCAUGGGAAGUUGUGUUUUAAAUUGAAAUGAAUAUUGGCCAUGUUGAUUUAGCUGAACCUAGCAUCAUAAUAUUAUUUGCUGUAGAUACUGAAACACGUGAAUUCAGAUAUUUUCGUGGGGACCCAAUUUCGUGAUUUCCCACCAAAACACAAUUUCGUGGGUACAUGAGUUUUUGGAUUACGAGUACCCACAUAAACCGAGAAUUGCUUUAUGUCAAACUUGUACCGAUAACUACUUAAUGGACCUAUGAAUUCAUGGAUGAAGAUUACCCAGGAAGUCAACGAAAUUAAAAAACCCACGAAAAUUGAUGAUUUCACAGUAUUCACAAAGUCACAUCUGUAUCAAGGUUCCAAUCUGUUAAGAAAUCAGAAUCAUGACUGUUAUUAUGUAUUGAACUAAGCCAAGGCUUUCGAUAACCUGAGGCGUGGGUCCAUCUUAAAAUUUUAGAAUUGAAGUUUAUUAUUAGUAUUUCUCAAUUAGCACUUGACAGAUCCUUCUGAAAUUUCCUAUGUAGGUUCCCCUUGUAUACAUCAGUUCUUAUUUGCUAGUUUUACGUGUUUGGUUUGGUUUUAAGCGUCAAGCUGCUGGAUCGGAAGUAAAAUAUGGCUGACAGAAAACAGAAGUCUUUUUUGUUCAACUUCUCACACUUACUUUACACCUACUUUACACUUACUUUACACUUACUUUACACAUACUUUACACAUA